CCAGGCAUGGGGAGAACAUGCAAACUCCACACAGGAAGACCAGGACCUGGUAUCGAACCAUGCACCGUGAGGUCGACCGACAUGCUAACUAGUUGACUGAUUUUCUAAAAAAAUGUAAAAGUUUUAGAAAUCAGCAUCUCUGAUUAAAAUUUGCUUUUGGGCAGUGUCAUUGGAUGUUAAUUUUGUGACCUGCCUGCUGACCUGACCUUGCACAAAGGCCCGUGUGUAUUUUGGCAGGUGUCAGCGGUCUGCCACGUCUGAUAAGAAGCGCGUUGCUUUGCGGGCGCCACGUUGUCAGAAGUGAGAGAACCCUUCGUGAACAUGUCAGGACUCAAUGCCUCUCUGGGCUACUUUGUGGCGUGCGUGGUUUUGGCGGGCUCGCUGCAGGCACCUCUGAAAAGGUGGCCGCGGCUUGCCUUCCUAUCCGAGUUGUCGUCGUCGUUCAUGUUAGUGGCGUGCCGGCUGGAGGUUCAAACCAUCGUGGAGGUGGGUGAGUGGGCCGGGGGCUUGGGCCCGGACGUGACGCUGACCAUUUUGUUGGCGGUACUACUGGUCCACGGUGCGGUCUGUGGCGACCAUUCGGGGAAUCCAAACGUGAGCGCGAUAAAGUUCCUUCAGCUGGACGCCGCGGCACUGGCCACCGUCCUGGCCCUCGCUUCCCAAUUCCUGGGGGCCCACCUGGCAAUGCUGGCGGCGGAGUACUACUGGAGCCUGGAGCUGACCGACAUGCACAUGAUCAAGAACCUGAUGGCCAGCGAGUGCAGCACGUCGUUGCUGGUCUCACCCAUACAGGGCUUCUUCACCGAGGGAGUGUGCGCGUUCCUCUUUCACCUGGUGCACCUCUUCCUGAGACGGAGGAGCGCCCUCGUCCGGGUGCCCGCGGGAGCCAUAUUACUCACCUUCCUGUCACACAUAGCCAAAGGUUACACAUCAUCUUACAUCAAUCCCUCGCUAGCUUACGGCCUCACUUUCUACUGCUCUGGAUUCACCUUUGCAGAAUACGCGCUCGUCUACUGGCUGGCCCCCAUCACAGGAAUGAUCUUGGCCCUCCUUUUGUACAUGGGCCACAUCCCAAGGAUCUUUGCCAAGAACCUGCUCUAUUUUCACAAGACACGUUUCCGGGCGCCAAAAGGAGGAGAAAAAGAGAAGAAGAAGAAAUGAACGCCAUUCCGUUUAGUUUUUUUGUCUUUUUUCUUUCUUAACAACAUUCAAAUGCUACAUGAAAUCGAGAAUAAACAAAUGUUGCUCGUUUUCAAUAAAGCUAAUUUGAAAAAAAAAAUGAUGGGUAGGGUGUGGAAUCUUUGCUUUGGCCUGACCACACAAACAGAAAAUACCCAAGAUUUUCAAGAAGGAAAAAAAACCUCUCUCACCCUUUCUCUUUUUGAGGGGAAUGUCAUUCAUUUUUGAAAAAAAAAAUUAAAAA